UCCAGCUCCCACAGCCCUGCUGAUCUCAAGCACCUGCCUCUACAGUUGGUAGAGAUGGCAUUGUCCUGGCCCAAUUCCCUCUUGGCCAUGGAGCUUCCCCUGGCCUUCACCAUCUUCUGCCUGGUAUUCUGGGUGUUAAGGGCCUGGCAGCCUCGGGUUCCCAAAGGCCUGAAGAGUCCACCAGGGCCCUGGGGUUGGCCCUUGCUUGGACACAUGCUGACUCUGGGGAAGAGCCCACACCUGGCCCUGUCACAGCUGAGCCAGCGCUAUGGGGUCAUGCUAGAGAUCCGAAUUGGCUGCAUACUUGUGCUGGUGCUCAGCGGCCUGCCCACUAUCUGGCAAGCCCUGGUGCAGCAGGGUGAUGAUUUCAAGGGCAGGCCCGACCUCUACAGCUUCACCCUGAUCUCUGAUGGCCGGAGCAUGACCUUCAACCCAGACUCUAGACCUGUGUGGGCUUGCCGGUGCCUAACCCAGAAUGCCCUGGAGGUUUUUUCCAUCACCUCAGACCCAGCUUCCUCAUCUUCCUGUUACUUGGAGGAGCAUGUGAGCAAGGAGGCUGAGGCCCUCAUCAGCAAGUUCCAGAACUUUGAUCCCUGUAAUCAGGUGGUGGUGUUAGUGGCCAAAGUCAUUGGUGCCAUGUGCUUUGGGCAGCACUUUCCCCAGGGCAGUGAGGAGAUGCUCAGCCUUGUGAAGAACAGCCAUGAGUUCGUGGCGUCAGCCUCCUCUGGGAACCCUGUGGACUUCUUCCCCAUCCUUAAAUACCUGCCCAACCCUACCCUGCAGAGGUUCAAGGGCUUCAACAAGAGGCUUGUGCAGUUCCUGCAGAUGAUGAUCCAGGAGCACUAUCAGAACUUUGACAAGAACAGUGUCCAGGAUAUCACAGGUGCCCUGUUCAAGCACUGCAAGAUGGACUCCAGACCCACUGGUGGCUUCAUCCCUGAGAAGAUUGUCAACCUUAUCAAUGAUAUUUUUGGGGCUGGAUUUGACUCACUCACAACAGCCAUCUUCUGAAGCCUUAUGUACCUUAUGACAAUUCCUGAGAUAAAGAUCCAAGGGGAACUAGACACAGCGAUUGGCAGGGCACAGCAGCCCCAACUUCCCAACAGAUCCCAGCUGCCUUAUAUGGAGGCCUUCAUCCUGGAGACCUUCCAACACUCCUCCUUUGUCCCCUUCAUCAGCCCCCCACAGCCCUUUUCCUUCCUCAGCACAAGGGACACAACACUGAAUGGAUUCUACAUCCCCAAGGAACGCCAUGUCUUCAUAAACCAAUGGCAUAUCAAUCAUGAUCAGAAGCUGUGGGGGGACCCAUUUGAGUUCCAGCCAGAGCGAUUCCUCACUGCUGAUGGCACUGCCAUAAACAAGACCUUGAGUGAGAAGGUGAUACUCUUUGGCAUGGGCAAGCACCGGUGCAUAGGGGACGUCUUGGCCAAGUGGGAGAUCUUCCUUUUCUUGGCAAUUUUGCUGCAGCUGCUGGAGUUCAGUGUGCCAUUAGGCUUGAAAGUGGACCUAACCCCCAUCCACGGGCUGACCAUGAAGCACGCCCACUGUGAGCAUGUCCAGGCACAGCUACGUUUCUCCAUCAAGUGA